AUGUGCCAAGAACCUUGCCAAAAAAGACUUCUUCAGACUCCCUGACCCCUUUGCAAAGAUUGUUGUGGAUGGGUCUGGGCAGUGCCACUCAACCGACACUGUGAAAAACACGCUGGACCCAAAGUGGAACCAACACUAUGAUCUAUAUGUUGGGAAAACUGAUUCUAUAACCAUCAGCGUGUGGAACCACAAGAAAAUUCACAAGAAACAGGGAGCUGGCUUCCUGGGCUGUGUGCGGCUGCUCUCCAAUGCCAUCAGCAGAUUAAAAGAUACUGGAUACCAGCGUUUGGAUCUAUGCAAACUAAAUCCCUCAGAUACUGAUGCAGUUCGUGGCCAAAUAGUGGUCAGUUUACAGACACGAGACAGAAUAGGCACUGGAGGGUCUGUGGUAGACUGCAGAGGACUGUUAGAAAAUGAAGGAACGGUGUAUGACGACUCGGGGCCUGGAAGGCCCCUCAGCUGCUUCAUGGAGGAACCCGCCCCUUACACAGAUAGUACUGGUGCUGCUGCUGGUGGAGGCAACUGCAGGUUUGUGGAAUCCCCAAGUCAGGAUCAAAGAAUUCAGGCGCAGCGACUUCGAAAUCCUGAGGUCCGCGGUUCACUACAGACGCCUCAGAACCGACCCCAUGGCCACCAGUCGCCGGAGCUGCCUGAAGGCUAUGAACAAAGAACAACAGUACAGGGGCAAGUUUACUUUUUGCACACACAGACGGGAGUUAGCACGUGGCAUGACCCCAGGAUACCAAGAGACCUUAACAGUGUGAAUUGUGAUGAACUUGGACCACUGCCACCAGGUUGGGAAGUCAGAAGUACAGUUUCUGGGAGAAUAUAUUUUGUAGAUCAUAAUAACCGAACAACCCAGUUUACAGACCCAAGGUUACACCACAUCAUGAAUCACCAGUGCCAACUAAAGGAACCCAGCCAGCCACUGCCGGUGCCCAGCGAAGCCUCCGUGGAAGACGAGGAGCUUCCUGCCCAGAGAUAUGAACGAGAUUUAGUCCAGAAACUAAAAGUGCUCAGACAUGAACUGUCACUUCAGCAACCCCAAGCUGGUCAUUGCCGCAUCGAAGUAUCCAGAGAAGAAAUAUUUGAGGAGUCUUAUCGCCAGAUAAUGAAGAUGCGACCUAAAGACUUGAAAAAACGACUAAUGGUGAAAUUCCGUGGAGAGGAGGGUUUGGAUUAUGGUGGCGUGGCGAGGGAGUGGCUUUAUUUAUUGUGCCAUGAAAUGCUGAAUCCAUAUUAUGGACUCUUCCAGUAUUCUACGGAUAAUAUUUACAUGUUACAAAUCAACCCAGAUUCUUCAAUUAACCCUGACCAUUUGUCUUAUUUCCACUUCGUGGGUCGGAUCAUGGGCCUGGCUGUGUUCCACGGACACUACAUAAAUGGGGGGUUCACAGUCCCCUUCUAUAAGCAGCUGCUGGGGAAACCCAUCCAGCUCUCCGAUUUGGAAUCAGUGGACCCAGAACUACAUAAGAGCUUAGUGUGGAUUCUAGAGAACGACAUCACCCCUGUGCUGGACCACACUUUUUGCGUUGAGCACAAUGCUUUCGGGCGGAUUCUUCAGCAUGAACUGAAACCCAAUGGCAGAAACGUGCCUGUCACAGAGGAGAACAAGAAAGAAUAUGUGCGGUUAUAUGUAAAUUGGAGGUUUAUGAGAGGAAUUGAAGCCCAGUUCUUAGCUCUUCAGAAAGGGUUCAAUGAACUCAUUCCUCAACACUUACUGAAGCCUUUUGACCAGAAGGAACUGGAGCUGAUAAUAGGUGGCCUGGAUAAAAUAGACUUGAAUGACUGGAAGUCAAAUACUCGGCUGAAACACUGUGUGGCCGACAGCAACAUCGUCAGGUGGUUCUGGCAAGCAGUGGAGACCUUUGAUGAAGAAAGGAGGGCCAGGCUGCUGCAGUUUGUGACUGGAUCAACUCGAGUUCCUCUCCAAGGCUUCAAGGCUCUGCAAGGCGCAGCAGGGCCCCGGCUAUUCACCAUCCACCUAAUAGAUGCCAACACAGACAACCUGCCAAAGGCCCAUACCUGCUUUAAUCGGAUCGACAUUCCACCUUAUGAGUCCUACGAGAAGCUCUACGAGAAGCUGCUGACAGCAGUAGAGGAGACUUGUGGGUUUGCUGUGGAGUGAAGAGCAACCAAAGGCAACCGAUUCUAGCUCACGACCACCAGACCAAAAGCAUAUAGCUUCUGUGCGCCUCCCGCAGAACUGCCUGAGGCCCUGGGGUUCCAGAUAACCUGAGGGAAAAGGGUUGUCUCCCUCCCUUUCAUGGAGGCAGGGAGGGGGGCAGGAACCUUUGUUGGUGGCUCCCACCCAUAAAUCCCUCCUUUAUCAUAGUAUUCCCAUCCCCUUCCAUCACCCAUCCAAUCAAAUGCAGCCAGGUUUAGGCCUUGGCCUCGGUCACACAGGAACCCUGCUGUGGUGGCAACAUACUUGGAGAUAAGGCUCACUGCCCUGCGCUCUCGAUAGGAGCAGCAGCCACAGUUCAGGACUGAGCUCGGCUCACUGAGGGGCUGGGACUGGUAGCUGUACCAGCUGUUCCCUCUCAAAACAGCCUGGAGGCUCUUUUUCAAGUUCAGAAGCUGCCGGAUAUUUUACCAGAGCUCAAACCCCAAAUUUUACAUCCUAGCAGCCUGUUCUGGGUAGCAGAUUAAUUUCUAACUGAAAAAUAACUGUAUACUAUGUUUAUUGGAAUUUUGCCACCACAGGAAGCUUGAGUCAAAAUGUGUUUCCCCUUUGAAAGGUAAAGGAGUUGAAGUAGCUUUUGCUGGAGGCCCAGGGUAUUUCUUUUCAGGGUAUCCUGGCUGAAAAAUUUGUUUUGCACAGAAAAAAAUGGUCUUUCCUUUUAAGGAGUCCCUUUUGCUGCAUUAUCUAUCCCGUUUGGAUUUUUUUUUCCAGUGAAAUACCACCUUAGGGAGCUCAUAAAAGAACAGACCAAAAUCAGCCUCAGAUCCAACGAGUCAGUCCCAAAGCUGUGACUCCUGUGCCACUGUUGUAUGUAGAAGAGCAUUGAUUGUGUCACUUGGAAUAUUAACAAAGUAUUACGUGGUAACUGCUAAGAGCUAAUCUAACAAAACAAAAUUCUGUUAUCAUAGCUGCUGGCUUGGUAUAAACUAGCUUAAAAGGGAGAGGGGGAACAGAUAACCCUGAUGACCUAAAUCCACCUGAAGUUAUUGUUUUACAAAAAGUAGGAUGGGAAUUUAAACCCGUGACAGCAGAGAGGGGGUGACUCUACACUGACCCAUGUGGCCCUUUUCUCCAAUAGCAGAUGGUGACACUAAUGAUUGCUACUCGAUUCACUUGCCCAAAUGUCUUCAUAUGAUGAUCAAGGCCAAAGUAAGCCUACACUCUUUUAAGUUUCUAACACCAUUUCCAAUUUGCACAAAAGUACAAACUGUAUGUUAUUUUAGCAAAAGUGGUUUGAGUCCAGAUAUUUAAACUCCAACGAAAAACAGCAGCAGCAACACAUUUUUCUGUCUGGUUUUGUUGUCGUUGUUGUUUGGGAGUGGGGCAAGUACAGGGUAAUUCAUUAGCAUGAUAUCUCACUGCUGUGGAAGUUUCUGAAUUAAGUACUGGGAUCCAGCUGAGGGUGUGAGAUGGAUUAGGGGGACCUUUUGGAUGACUUUUACCCGUUCUUUUUGUUGCUGUUACCUUUAGACUGGCGGGUUUGGAGGAAUACUUACCCUUCUGCAUCCUGCAGUGGGUCUUUUGGUUGCCCCAAAAGCAGUGUGUGUGAUUUGAUGUGGGGAGCGCUCAAAUUUCUUAUGUCAUAGACCCUCCCCUUGAACAAGAGAUUUGACCAGCUUGGUGGGUGCCAGUGCCAAGAGCUGUGAGACACCCACACUUCUGGGCUACUGAGGUUCUGGGAUGGAAAAGGAUGCCAACUGGGAUUUGCUGCAGAAGGAGAGUUAUAAUCCAUUCAGAAAGUCAAGGCCAGAUUGUGGGCUUAGUCUCUUUCAAAAGUUCUUCCUCAGUUGGGCUUAUCCUGUAUCUCAUUCACCAUGAUGCUUUCUAAGAAGCAUUCUAGAAACUGGCUCCCCAAUGACUCUGUCCAGUCUUCCCUUGCAAUCUUCUCAUGAACAGUGAGGAAGUGAGAACUCCAGACCUCCCCCGGAGAGAUCUGCUCUCUCUCUGACAUGAGCCUAAACUGUGGGAGGUGGAAAGACAUCCCUCAGAGAACUGAAGUGACCUCCCGAAUGAGGUCAGAAGCACCCCUGAUUUUCCGGGUGGUGUCAUCGAGAAUAUUCAGUGAUUAGGAAGGCAACCAGGGUCUUGUGGUUUAAAAGACUUUGAAGCAGGAAUGUUGCAUUUGACAUCUUUAAAACUACCUUCUUGUUGUUGGGAGGAGUGGGGAACGAUCCUUAGAAGCUGCAUCGCCAGCCCUGUGCCUCUCGUGUGUCAGGUGUCACUUCCGCCAAGAUCCAGAGGGCUGCAUCCUGGCUCCUCCACGGGCUAGCCCAGCAGACACACGAGUUACAUCUCAUAAAGGCCUGUCUCUGCUUCUCUUCUUGCACUUGCACGCGGGUUUGCCAGCCCCUAUCGGGCACCAUCAUCAGCUGUGUGAGUGUCGCAGACCUUUCCAGAGCUCCAAUGUGCUCUUUCCAAACAGGCAUCUGUGUCAGUGGCAUUGCACUUCUAGAACCUUAAAUGAUACAAUGGUUCAGUCCUUUUGAGCCACCCCAAAGAACACAGUGUGGCAAGCAAAUGCUUAAAGUUCUUGAUCGCUCCACUUUGGGUCCCAGUGACGCCCAUUCAUGUGCGAUCUCAUUUGUCGCGCCUCUUGGUGGUCCUGGACAACCCACCCAUUCCCCCUCACCUCUUUGCCCAGAUGCUUCAGGGGCCCAACUUUUCAGGCUCGCCCUCACCAGCGGUUGUAAGCCGACACUCAGGGAUGUAGCAAACCACCACUCUGCCAGUGCUUUCAGUAGGAGAAGCCAGAAGGCUGCUUGGGAAGCUUGGGGUGACAGUCACCUGUUGACUUCUGAAAGGAAAUCUGCCGCUAGAUCGAAUUUUGACUCUAAGCUUACUCAGCCACAUGGUCCUAAUUCAGGUUAGGUGGUCCUCAGAUCUGAGAUGUCAGGAACGGCCUUCUGCAGAGAACAGGCCCCGCCCCCGCCCAGUCUGCAGCCAGGUGUGUGCCGCAUGGCAGCCUCCCUGAAACAUAGUAUGAAUUUUUAAAAUUUGUUUAUUUUUGUUUCUCAACCACUUUAUAAUGUAUUUUUAAUUUAUUUUGUAAUGUCUUGUUUUUAAGUAUUGCUGCUAUCCUUGUUAUUCUUCCCACUGUUUUUAUUGCUGAUUUAUUUUGUGAAAGUUGUACACUAAUGUUCUGUUUUAUGUCAAAAUCAAAGGUAUUUAAAGAUAUACUAGUUCUAUUUAAUGUGGUUAUGGAACCAGCUGGAAACACAAAACAAACAGCGAUUGUACAGCAGGCUGGACCCGGGAGGUCAGGUUCAUUUUGUUACAUAUGCAAUAAACUCAUGACUUUACAUUU